AUGCCUCCUAGACGUGCCCCAAGAAACCAAGUAGAUGUAGAAAUUGAACCGCCACGAAGGGUUGAGGAACUUUUCCUCAAACAAAGUCCGCCUUCAUUUAAUGGGGUUGGGAGUCCAGUGGAUGCUGAACAUUGGAUUAGGGCAAUGGAGAGGAUUUUCGAUUUCCUCCAUUGUAAUGCACAAGAACGUUUGUCAUGUGUUGCGUUCCAGCUGACUGGGUCUGCGGAUUUUUGGUGGGAGGCUAAAAGAAAGGCAAUGACUCCUCAACAGUUGGCAAAUUUGUCUUGGGAAGACUUUAAGACGGAAAUAUAUGACAAGUAUAUUCCAAAAAGCUACCGCAAGAGAAAGGAAACUGAAUUCUACAACCUAAAGCAAAACAAGAUGUCUGUAACAGAGUAUGAUCGUGUUUUCUGCGACAUGUCCCGCUAUGCUCCACAACAGGUGGAUACUGAUGAAAAGAUGUCGGAGAAGUUUCGUUCUGGUCUUAGACACGAGAUAAAAAUGGCACUCGCCAGUCACGGUGAUCUUACUUACUCUGAGGCGCUCAGCAGAGCUCUGGAUGUCGAGGCAGCUAUGCCCGAGGAUCGCCCAGCUCAAACUCAAGCUCAGGGAGCAAAUGAUCGAGGAAAGAGAAAAUGGGAAGGUAACAACAAUAACAACAGAGGCUACUAUAACAGUCAGGACGAGAAGAGGCCUUGGCAGGGAAACAUGGUGCCACAAGGACAAGGACAAGGACAACAGACUCACCCAGGACCCGUUGGAAACAAUCAGGGUCAACUCAGGGCACCUGUGUGCCCAAAGUGCUCCAAACAACAUCAUGGUGUAUGUCUGGCUGGCAGUAAUACCUGCUUUAAAUGUGGUCAAAAGGGCCAUUUUGCUAAGAAUUGUCAAGGCAAGACGCCAGGAGGAAUGGGAAGGCCGAAUCAGUCGGGCCAAGCCCAACCACUCAGAGCCAUUCAGGGCCAGCAACUGCCAUAUCCACCACGUCAGCAUCAACUUGCACCUCGCCCACCACAACCUCCUCAAGCUAGAGCAUACGCCCUGCACAAGAACAAUCAGGGAAAUAACCAAGGAAACCUGGCAGGUAUGGGCAUGUUACUCAAAACACCUGUUGUACUUUUGUUUGACACGGGUGCUUCACAUUCUUUCAUUGCAAGUGCAUGCGUCGACACUCUAGAACUUAAACAGGAAAAAGCUAAUCAGGAUAUGAGAAUUUCUUCACCAAUAGGAGGGGUGACGACAGUUACACACGUUUGCUCGAACUUAGAUUUGAACAUAGGGUCACUUAAUGUUGUAGCGAACAACUUGCAUGUUAUACCAAUGUGGGACGUGGACUUAAUCCUAGGAAUGGAUUGGCUAGCGGAGAACUAUGCCACAAUUUUAUGCAAGGAACGGGAGAUCUCAUUCAAAUAUCCAGGAAAAGACGCUUUGAGUUUUCACGGGAUAAGUAUGGGUAGGAACAUACUAGUCAUUUCAGCCCUACAAGCGAGAAAGAUGAUGAACAAGAAAGACUGCAGAGCUUUUCUUGUGUACCUAAACGGAGAAGCUGGAACAGAAGGAGCAAUCGAAGAUGUGGAAGUUGUACGAGAAUACAAUGACGUUUUUCCAGAUAACUUGCCAGGACUACCACCAAAUAGGCAAGUGGAAUUUACCAUUGACCUGGAACCAGGAUCAGCACCAGUUUCAAAAGCACCCUACAGGAUGGCUCCAAGGGAAUUGGAGGAACUGAAGAUCCAAUUACAGGAAUUAUUGGACCUAGGUUUCAUCAGACCUAGUUUAAAGGUCAGACAAGAAGAUAUACCUAAGACGACGUUUCGAACAAGAUAUGGCCACUAUGAGUUUGUAGUUGUGCCUUUCGGAUUAACAAAUGCGCCAGCUGUAUUCAUGGACCUCAUGAAUAGAGUAUUCCACCCUUACUUAGACAAGUUUGUCUUAGUAUUCAUAGAUGACGUCCUCAUCUAUUCCAAGAACGAAGAGGAACAUCAACAACACUUAAGGACUACCUUGCAAACACUAAGGGAUGAACGACUUUACGCCAAAUUCAGCAAGUGUGAGUUUUGGCUUAAAGAAGUUACAUUUUUGGGACACAUCGUGUCAUCAGAAGGAAUCAAAGUGGACCCCGCUAAGUUUGAGAAAAAUGGUGGUAGAAGCACAAAGGAAGGACGAAAAGAUGGAGAAGCUACGAGGAAGGAUAAGGAAUGGAGAACUCAAGAAUUGCCAUGA